AUGGCCCAGCGCCCCCCGGCUGGCCACGGACGGGCCCCGCCGCUCCUCGCGCGGGCUCUGCAGCUGGCCGCCGGGAUGCUGCUGCUGCCGCUGCUCCAGGCGGCCCGGAGCUGCCCUUCCUCCUCGUGCUUCUGCUUCACCACGCCGGAUACCGUCCAGUGCCGCUUCGUCCGCCUCCAGGAGCCGCCCGCCGAGCUGCCCAGCGCCGCGCACAACCUCACCAUCGUCGGCGGCAACUUGACGGUUUUGCGCGCGGCAGCCUUCGCCGGGGGCUGGGCGCGUGGCGAGCCCGCCCGGCCUCUGGGCAACCUGACGCUGCUGGUGCUGACGCACGACUGCAUCGAGGAGCUGGAGGACUCGGCCUUCGCCGGCUUGCCCGCCUUACGCGCGCUGGACCUGAGCCGCAACCCGCUGCGCGCCAUCGCGCCGGGCGCCUUCGCCGGCUGCGCCCGCCUGCGCACGCUGAGGCUCAACCAGGUGCGGCCGGCUCCCGGCUCGCCGCCGCUGGAGGAGCUGCUGGGCGGCGCGCUGGCCAACCUCAGCCUCGAGCGCCUGGAGCUGGCCGGCAACCGGCUGCGCGAGCUGCCGCCCGCCUGGACGCUGCCCGCGGGCCUCGAGCGCUUGGACGUGCGCAACAACUCGCUGCGGGCGCUGCGCGCCGCGCAGCUCGACGGCCUGGAGGCGCUGGGGCAGCUGCGGCUCGAGCUGGCCUCCAACCCGCUGCGCUGCGACUGCGCCUCGCUGCGCCCCCUGAUGGUGUGGCUGCGCAACGCGACGUGGCGAGUGCCGGAUCUCAAGAGCCUCCACUGCGCCUCCCCGCGGGAGGUGAGCGGCGCCGCCGUGCUGCGUCUCAGGCCCUCGCAGCUGGACUGCCUCGACGCGGCGGGCUGGGGGCUGCUGCAGGCCGGCGGGCAGGAGGAGCUGGAGACGGCCUCCUACGUCUUCUUCGGGAUCGUCCUGGCCCUCAUCGGCGUGGUCUUCCUCAUGGUGCUCUACCUCAACCGCAAGGGCAUCAAGCGGUGGCUCAACAACCUCCGGGAGGCCUGCCGAGACCAGAUGGAGGGCUACCAUUACCGCUACGAACAGGACAGCGACCCUCGGCGGGUCAGCCCCGGGGACCUCUGAGACCCUUCAGGCCAGCAGGCAGGGGACGCUGCGCCCCCACAGACCUGAGCGGGGUGUGGGGAUGAUGGCACGGCCACUUCUCGGCUCACCAAACCCAGUGGGAGGAGGAGGAGAAGCCGCCAUCAUCAUCUCCCAGGUUGGGCAAGCCCUUCAGGGCACCACCCCUGGAUUCCACGCAUGGCACUGAGAAUCCCCCCCCCCCAACUCAAGGGUGGCUCCCGAGCCUCCAGACUUUUUUUUUUAAGGUCCACGUGGUGGGGCCAUGAGCGCCAGCCAGCCCUUGCACGCACACACACACACACACACACACCCAGGCAUCCAGAAGCUCUCCUCCACCUGGGGUCCCCCCUGACCUGUUGGACUGCAAGCCCGGUUCAGCCACAGGGCGGCUGGGGGGAUGUGCCCAGACAACAUGAUCUGGGGACCCAAGAGGGAGAGCCCCUGCUGUGAGGGGACCCGUGUGGACCGCCUCCUGCCAGACUCAGGCACAGAGGGGAAGAGGGCACCAUCCGCCCACUGUAGGGGCACCUUGCUCGGUCUGGCACCCCCAACUCCCAGGGCCCCCCUGCCCACCUCUGCACAAAUGCACCCCGCCUCCUGAGCGCACCCUCCCCAAAUGGUUCCCUCAUACACUUUCACUCUGGCACUGUGAGCGUGCUCCUCUCCCCUGCCAGUCAUAAGCCCCCUAUUGAUUAUUGGCGGUGGGUGGGUGUUGGAAUACCCCCUUCUUCAGUUCCGCCCUGCCCCCAGAUUGACACAAGGCUGCAGUCCUAGGCAGACUUACCUGGGAGUGAGCCAAUCAAAUGGGACUUGCCGUCUAAGUAAACAUGCAUAGGAUUGAGUUGUCAGGAUGCCAUUUCUCUGGAGAGAAAAAUCAGUGACUUUCUUUCCAACAUCAUUCCAUUGCAGUGAAUGAGCGGUUUAAUAUUGGCUGCCUGGGAUGUAGAUCUGUAUUUAAACUUCCAAAGUUACAAUUCACCCGUUUAAAAGUAGUGAGUAGCAACUCCACAUAUACCCAAAUAGGUGCCAGAGAUUGUGGGGACGAGGAGUGGAACACCCCUCCUCAUUCAAAAGCCUCCCCCCGCCGCCAUUAUAUAAAAGACCUAGAAGGCAUUGCUUCUUUUAUCUACUCCCUGACAUGCACACGCGUGAUCUCUUCCAGUGCCCCACAUUGCAGAGGGCAUCCCCAGGGGUUAAAAUACACAUAUAGGCACCUGCUGGAGCUUUCCCACACAGCCGGCUUUAUUGCGGGUUGUCUGCAAGGCUUUACUGGUGCAAAGUUGUUCCCCAAAACCGACACAAAAAGUGGAUUUUUUAAAAACCCCAGAUAUAAAUCGGGCUGCACGCUAAUGUGCAAUAAAAGAAAAAAGUGCUCUCCAAUAGCUCACAGGGACUUCAGGGUAAAAAUAUGUGAACCCAUUCUGGAGGAGAUGUGAACUGAAAGCCGGGUGUGGAUAACUUCCUCUCCCCCCGCCCUCCACCUUCUCUGUCCUGGGCUAUCAGAGGCUUUCCCCACAUCCCAUCCCCGGACCAGAGAGCUAGGAGUGCUCCAAACCCUCUGGUGUAGUGUUAACUUUGGCAUAUUCAGGAUCUGAUUCCAGCUUCAGGGAAUCGUGUGUGUAGCAGAACUGCCUAAUCUAGAUGAACUCUCUCCAUCUCCUCCACAACUGGCACAUGGUCCCAGAAGAUGAAUGGCUAGUAGAAAUGGCUUCCUUUUGAGUAUUACCAUUGAAAACAACAGGAUUGUUCCAGAGUAGGUAGUUUGUGGGUUGCAGAUUCACCCUGCAAUCCUAGAAAGAAAAGCUGGGAUAAUGCAAUCUUCAAAUGGCUUCUAGAGCAGCCUGUUGGUUCCAGUCUAGUGAUUCCACAAGUAAGUGGCUUUAGGAUGCCUACAGGGUUGCACAACGUCGGCCCUCCAGCUGUUUCUGGACUACAAUUCCCAUCGUCCCCAGCCACAGUGGCCAAUAGUUGGGGAUGAUGGGGGCUGUCAUCCAAUAUCUGCAGGAGGGUACCAGAGUUGUGCAGUCUUGCUUUAGGAUCACAGCCCCAUUUUCUCAGAAUAACUGGGUGGGGAGAAGAUGAUAAAAGCUGGCCUUCCUCUUUCCACAUUCCUCUCCCUUCUCCAUUGAUCCUCCUCCUCCUCCUCCUCCUCCUCCUCCUCCUCCUCCUCCUCCUCCUCCUCUCUGUCUAAGGGAAACGGCAGGGGAAUCUCUCUUAACAAAGCCAGAUUCUUCACCAUUUGGAAAAAUGUGCGAAACCUCCCCACUUGGGUUUCCUUUGGGACAGCAAGGAACUCCGUUCCCUUUAUCCUUUGCACCAACGAUUUCUUCUGGCAAAACCCAUUCUCCUUGGCAAAAGCUGGGGAUUCCGACUGUUGCCUUGAACUCGCCGGGUGUCCUGGACCAAAGCCUUCCCUUUGGGGCACCAAAGCAACACAAAACGUUUUGCAGAGGAAGAAGCUGACUGACCCACAAGAGAGGAUGCAAUUUUCUUCUUUGCUUUGAUUUGACAAAAUCCGUGGUUUCUUCUUCUUCUCAGGCACAAGAUAAUGCAACUAUACCGGAGUUCCAGCCCCUCCCUCUCCCUGGCAAGCAGCCUGCAUGUUUAGGGACAACUCCUUUCCAGACUGUGAAGCAUUAGGGUGACUUAGAUUAGGGCUGAUUUGCCGCUCUUUAUACCAGGCAAAACACGCUUCUUCUCACUUUAGACCAGUGCCUGGUAGGGCAGCAUCAGCCGUGACAGGAAGCACUGCCCGUUGGAUGCACCAGGGAUUCCUGCAUCCCACUGAUGGCGCCUCCUGAUGCGUCUGAAGCCGCUGCUAGUCUCCGCCUAGAGCAAAGAAAUUGAAACAUGCAUCUGUAUCUGUAUGGUACUUUUUCUAUAAAGCUCCUUGCAAUAAUUUCAGAAUA